CAGCCCCCUAGCGCGCGUGCGCAGCGGGCCACCCUCCGCUUCCCUCUUCCCCUCCCCCUUCCUUCUCCCUCCCUCCCUUCUCCCUAGCCCCCUCCCCCACAGCCCCCUCCCCCAAUUCUCCAUCCCCUUCCCUCCUGGUCUCGGAGGACCCCGUCGUGGCCCAACCUGUCUCGGCCCGCAACCUCCGCGAAGCCGUCGGUGUCACUCCCCGCCCAUGUGGGCCCCCGCGGGCUGCCCACGCCUGUCCCCCAGCUCCCCGUUCUGCUGGGCUUUCCCCUCGUCGGGGGUGGCUUUUUGAGCCGCCCGCUCCCUGCCCCUCUCUGCAGCCUCUCCUGCCACUCGGGGCCCCCGUUCCCCCUCCCGGUGGCGGGGGGCUGCCCCCGGGGGGCUGGCGGAGCUGGGCCGCGGGGGCCCCGGGGCCGGCGGUGCCGGGGUCAUCGGGAUGAUGCGGACGCAGUGUCUGCUGGGGCUGCGCACGUUCGUGGCCUUCGCCGCCAAGCUCUGGAGCUUCUUCAUUUACCUUUUGCGGAGGCAGAUCCGCACGGUAAUUCAGUACCAAACCGUUCGAUAUGAUAUCCUUCCCUUAUCUCCCGUGUCCCGAAAUCGGCUAAGCCAGGUGAAGAGGAAGAUCCUGGUGCUGGAUCUGGAUGAGACGCUUAUUCACUCCCAUCACGAUGGGGUCCUGAGGCCCACAGUCCGGCCCGGAACGCCUCCUGACUUCAUUCUCAAGGUGGUGAUAGACAAACAUCCCGUCCGGUUUUUUGUACACAAGAGGCCCCAUGUGGAUUUCUUCUUGGAAGUGGUGAGCCAGUGGUACGAGUUGGUCGUGUUCACAGCAAGCAUGGAGAUUUACGGCUCUGCCGUGGCAGAUAAACUGGACAAUAGCAGAAGCAUUCUCAAGAGGAGAUACUACAGACAGCACUGCACUUUGGAAUUGGGCAGCUACAUCAAGGACCUCUCUGUGGUCCACAGUGACCUCUCCAGCAUUGUGAUCCUGGAUAACUCCCCAGGGGCUUACAGGAGCCAUCCAGACAAUGCCAUCCCCAUCAAAUCCUGGUUCAGUGACCCCAGCGAUACCGCCCUCCUCAACCUGCUUCCUAUGCUGGAUGCCCUCAGGUUCACCGCGGAUGUUCGUUCUGUGCUGAGUCGAAACCUUCACCAACAUAGGCUCUGGUGACAGCUGCUCCCCCUCCACCUGAGUUGGGGUGGGGGGGAAGGGAGGGUGAGCCCUCGGGAGGCCGUCUGGUGCCCUGGCCAACGGUGAGGACUGCCUGGGCAGGGUCUGCCCCUCCCACCCCUCUCUGCCCUGGGAGCCCUGCACUCCGUAUGGAGUCUGGAUGGACACAUGGGCCAGAUUCUGAAGCAGCCUCACUCUAACUUCGUGUUCGCACUCCCCGGAAACCCCAGACUGGGACAUAAAGCGGAGGCCUGGGAGAGCUGAAACAUUGUCUGGUGGAGACAGGACUGGCCAGAGUGAGCGAAAGACACUCGGUAAUCCGGGAGGCUCAAAGAGAAGCCAAGCCAGCUUUGUUGUGAUUUGAUUUUUUAAAAACUCUUGUACAAAACUGAUCUAAUUCUUCACUCCAAGGGCUGGGCUGUGGGUGGGAAACUGGGAUUUUGGGCCACUGGAUUUUCCCCAAACUUGUCCCUUCCCUUCCUUUUCCAGCUUCCCUUCUUCCUAGAGUCCCUCAGACCUGUAACGAGCUUUCUCUUUUUUUCUUUCGUCUACUUAAACCAUGCAUUAUAACUUUGAAACCAAA